CAUACCUUUCCAAUUUGUGGCUGACGAUGCAUUUGCGAUGAAGCCCUGGCUAAUGAAGCCCUUCUCACAUAGGUCCCAAGUUCAUGAGGAGAUCAUCUUCAGUUAUAGACUAAGCCGAGCUAGGCGAGUAGUGGAAAACUCGUUUGGUAUUUUGGCUCACAGGUUCAGAUGUUUCCUGACUACACUUCCGCAGAAGCCCCAAACUACCAACUUAAUCAUCAUGAGUGCCUGCGUCCUACAUAAUCUGAUAUUAACCAGGUACCCACUGGCAUCAGGAGAUGUAGACCAUGAAGAUCCAUCUACGCAUGCGAUGAUACCUGGUGCAUGGAGAGACGACCCUGUGUUUCACGGUCUGAGAGCUCCGACAGGAAACACUUCUAUCAAGGAAGCUAAGAGCCAACGUGCAUAUCUAUCACAUUAUUACACCUCCCGUGCUGGAGCAGUUUCCUGGCAAGAAAAGAUGAUAACCUAAGCAGAUUAACUAUGACAUUAUUGUGAUGCAGUAUAGCACUAGCUCAAUUCCACAAAAAAUGCCAAAUGACACUGACACAAAUGACAUUUUAUUUCUUGAAUGGUUAUGUAUUUCAACAAGGCCCGACAUCGUU